AACCUAACUGUCUCUCAAAAAAGUUGCAGAAACCUGUUUUGGCUGUUUUAUUAGAUUUGUCAUUUUUGACCUCCAUAUGACAUUGACAUUUGUAAAGCGAUUUUUGGCGAGCUCGUUAAGGUGCCGGAAUUCAUUUUAUUCAAGAAAUUCUUCAAAUAUGGCUUUGAAUAAGCUUGCUAUUGAUGCUUUGGACCUAGCAAAUAAAAGGGUACUCAUGAGAGUGGAUUUCAAUGUACCCUUGAAAGAAGGCAAAAUAACCAACAAUCAGCGCAUUGUAGCAGCUUUAGAUUCUGUGAGAUAUGCUCUAGACAAAAAUGCUAAGAGCGUAGUAUUGAUGUCCCACCUUGGACGUCCUGAUGGAAGUCCUAAUCCCAAAUACACCAUGAAACCUGUUGCUGGAGAGCUAGAAAAACUACUUAGCAGAGAAAUCAUUUUUCUGAAUGACUGUGUAGGCCCAGAAAUAGAGCAAGCUUGUGCAGACCCCAAGCCAGGUUCCAUAAUUUUGCUGGAAAAUCUUCGCUUUCACCUUGAGGAAGAAGGUAAGGGUGUUGAUGCAUCUGGGAAAAAAGCCAAAGCAGAUCCUGCCAAAGUGAAAGAAUUCAGAGAAAGUUUGCACAAACUGGGGGAUGUGUAUGUCAAUGAUGCUUUUGGCACUGCUCACAGAGCCCAUUCUUCCAUGAUGGGUGAGGGAUUUGAGCAAAGAGCUUCUGGAUUCUUACUCAAAAAGGAACUCCAAUAUUUUGCCAAGGCUCUAGAUAAUCCAGAAAGGCCAUUCCUUGCAAUAUUGGGUGGAGCUAAAGUUGCAGACAAAAUUCAACUCAUUGAAAAUUUGUUAGAUAAGGUGAAUGAAAUGAUUAUUGCUGGUGGGAUGGCAUACACAUUCCUAAAGGAAAGCAGAGGAAUGCAGAUUGGCACUUCUCUGUAUGAUGCUGAAGGAGCUAAAAUCGUCAAUAAACUUUUGGAAAAGGCCAAGACAAACAACGUUCAAAUUCAUCUCCCAGUAGACUUCACCACUGCCGAUAAAUUUGACGAAAAUGCCAGUUCAAGUUGUGCCACCGUCGAACAAGGAAUACCUGAGGGUUGGAUGGGUCUUGAUGUGGGUCAGCAAACCAUCGAAAAAUUCAAAGAACCCAUACGGAGGGCCAAGGUUAUUGUUUGGAAUGGCCCAGCGGGAGUGUUUGAAUUCGAAAAGUUUGCCAAGGGAACAAAAGCUAUCAUGGACGAGGUUGUCGAGGUCACUAAGUCUGGUGCAAUUACCAUUAUUGGGGGAGGCGAUACUGCCACUUGUGCUGCCAAAUGGAAGACUGAAGACAAAGUGUCCCACGUGUCAACAGGCGGCGGUGCCAGUUUGGAACUGUUGGAAGGAAAAGUUCUUCCUGGCGUUGCUGCACUGUCGGACGCGUAAUUUUAUUAUUUUCUUGUUAUUUAUUUGGAGUUUUUCGGAAAACAUUUCCGUUGUACGUAUGUGAUGAAAUUUGUUGCAUUAUUAGAUAAUUGAAUAAAUUUUGGUUGUAAAAUUACUACAA